AUGGGCGGGCUAUUCCUGUUGCUCGUGCUUUGCGCUGUCAUGGCCGUCGCCUCCUUUCUGGCCGGCUCGCUACCUCUCGCCGUCUCUCUCACUCCAUCACAACUCCGACUAAUAUCGAGCUUGGGCAUUGGCAUUCUAGUGGGCACAUCCAUGAUUGUCAUCAUCCCAGAGGGUGUCGAGGCGGUCGUCGCAUCAGGAGUCGGUGCUCAUGCGCACCGUACAAGAGGCCUCGCGCAAGCCCUCAACAGGCGCGGGGAGCUGGGCGUGCGAUUGACGUCAGCAGAUGCCGUCACGACCUUCGACAAUGAUAAGCAAGCCGAGCUGAUGGACCAUCUUCGAGCCCUGGCGGCGAACGAGGCCCAGCACUACCGAGUGCUUCCGCGGGAUGGGCCGGCAGAACACACCCACGACCACGACCACGCCGGCACAGGCAAAGGCGAGGAACAUGCUGGCGAAGAGGAGGGGCCGGAGGUGUCUGGUUUCCACAUCGGGCUGUCCAUGGUGCUCGGCUUCGUCCUGAUGUUCCUCAUUGACAGGAUUCCUCGCCAUGCGACCGAAGGCCGCACGAGCGAGCCGCACAUGCGACACGUCAGUCUCGACAAUCUCGGCGCAAACUCAAACGGCGACGCGGAAGCGGAUGGCUUUCUCGGUGGCCUAACGCAGCCGUCGAAGGAUCCGCGCAGCUUUGCGACGACAAUCGGCUUGGUGAUUCAUGCAUGCGCCGAUGGCAUCGCCAUGGGCGCGGGCGCGACGACCUCAGACACGCAGCUAGGCCUCAUCAUCUUCAUUGCCAUCAUGCUCCACAAGGCCCCGGCCGCCUUUGGCUUGUCGUCGGUUCUGCUGAAGCAGGGGCUCUCUAAGCGGGCUGCUCGGACGCAUCUGAUCGUCUUCAGCCUGGCUGCGCCGUUUGGUGCUCUCUCCACGUGGGCUAUCAUCACCGUGCUUGGCGGUGGGCAGCUCGAGGGCCCGUCGGGAAAGUGGUGGACCGGCAUGCUCCUGUUGUUUUCUGCCGGCACCUUCCUAUACGUUGCCAUGCAUGCCAUGCAGGACGGCGAUGGCGGUCACCAACAUGGCUCCGCUGGCUACGCAGAGGCUGGCGCCGGUGGCCAGCCGAAGCCGCAGAUGCGUGACACGCUGGUGGCUGUGGUUGGGAUGCUACUGCCCCUACUAACGCAGUUCGGUCACCAUCACCACUGA